AUGCGCACAAGGGCGUUUUUCAAUCUUCUAACUCUAGUGAUGAUCCCAUCCGUCGUACGCUCUGUAACUAUUUGUACCUUUCUGUACAAUUUCGAUGGUAAACAAAAAGUAGUGGGGAACUACUUUCACAAAAAGUUGCCUACUCGGCAGCGGGGACCACUGCUCUUCGUCUGCAAAAAAGUCCUCAAGUCGCCCAACUGCGUACACUUUCCGGGAAAAGUGGAUGUUGAAUCAGACUAG